AUGGAUUUUCUUCGCGGGCGUGCGCCGCCGCCGCCGCCGUGCGACGGCCGUCCUGUCGGCGCCCUGGGGCGCAGGGUCAGCAGUUUGCGACCCGUGGUGGGCUGGCGCCGCCACCAGCCUUCGGGCUUGGUCGCUGGCGCCGUGCUCGGAGGUGGCCGGUCUGGCUGCUCCGCCAGUUGCCGUCUGAGGGGCACGGCGUUCGAGACGAGGACGCGCAGGGCCGCGGGCACGGGCGCCGGCGCGCUCGCGGCGGGCCUGCUGGGGGCGAGGCUGCGCGCAGGGCGCGCGCAGCCGAGCGCCGCGGCGCGGGGGGCCGCUUUGCGGGCGCAGCGGGACCCGUGGGCGGUGCUCGGCGUGUUGCCCACCGCCUCCGUGGCCGAGGUGCGGCAGGCAUACCGCAGGAAGAUCCGUGACGGCGCACAUCCCGACGUCGGCGGCGACGAGAAGAUAUUCCAGGAGCUCCAGGAGGCUUACACCGGCGCCCUGUCCGCGGCCGUCGCCCUUGCCUCGGGAGCCGCGCCUGCGACAGGUCCAGAAGCCGAGACCAGCAUGGCGUGGCCGCACGCGCACGCCGCCACAGACGCGCCGGACGCGGCGCAGCCACGGCAGACGACGCUGCAGGACUUCCUGGAGCGCCGCCGCCAGGACGACGCGAGGCGAGCGGCGGUGCGGCGUGCGCGCCGGGAGACGUUCUGGCGCAAGUUGCGGUCCAGCGAGGGGCAGCAGCAGCAGCGGCAGCAGCCCGCGGACGAGGAGGGGGCACGCGGGCCGCCCCCCGCCGCAGCGGAGGGACGCGGGGGGCCCGGCUCGCUCCUCCAGCGGAGGGUACUCGAGCAGGCGACGACGGAGGAGACGCGGCUGCUCACACCGUGGCAGGGAAUGCCGAGCCGAAGCGUCCAGCUUAGGGACGGGGGGGGGCGCCUUGACAGCAGGGUCGUCCGCCAAAGGCGCGGAGGGAGUUGCGCCGCGCGCCUUUCCGCUCUCUCUGCAGGCCACACGGGACCUCUGGGGAUCUGUGGAACGGAGGUCGAUGGAGCCCCCGCCGAGACAAGGCGAUGA